AUGGUUCAGCCGUCACUAUCGGACAACUGCACCUGCUCGAACUGCCUGCAAGCAUCGACGAAACAAAGGUUGCACAAGAGCUCAGAUUAUUUCUCCCACGAAGCCUUGCCGGAGACCGCUGUACGGAUGGAGACCAAGGAAGGUCAAGUUGGGCUGCAUGUCAGCUGGUCGGGUGUACACAUGACCUCUGGGGCUGGUACUGGACAGGAGACGACUCACCCAUCAUCCUUCUUCCCUCUCGCUGAGCUGGUCCGCCUAUCAUCGCCUUCGCAAUACACGCAGCAAGACCCCCUUUUCUUCCCAACAUCGACCUGGAACCAGCAGAGGAUACUGGGCUCGCCCACUUUAAGGGUACCUUACGAGGCUUUCAAAUCGUCGCCUACCGCUUUACACGCCGCGCUGUCUCAAGUCACGUCAUACGGCUUAGUUGUGCUCACUGGAGUCCCUACAGACAAAACGGACGACGCAACAUGCGAGCUGCGACAAGCUAUGGAACAGAUUGGUGAACUUCGCAACACCUUUUACGGCCAAACCUGGGAUGUUAAAGCGAUCAAAGACAGUAAGAACAUCGCUUACACCGACGUGGACCUAGGUUUCCAUCAGGAUCUACUAUAUUUUGAGUCGCCUCCGCGCUUCCAAGCUCUGCAUUGUCUGCGCAACAAGGUCGAUGGAGGAUCGUCUUACUUUGCCGACGCUUUCGCUGCUGCAGAACGGUUGAAGAAGGAAGAACCUAAAAUGUAUGAGGUUCUCAAAACGACGCAGGUACCAUUCCACUACGACAACGACGGCAACUGGUAUCACCGAACUCAUACCACGAUAGAGGAGUCACAGACUGGCCGCGGCCUGCAUGCAGUCAACUAUUCGCCUCCCUUCCAGGCCCCUCUGCCUUUGAUCAGUGGGACUUCAGUGCUAGGCAUUCAGGGGGGCGCAUCCAAUGAUCUGCCAGCCUCUUUGACUGCGUUCGACGAACUUUUGAGCGAGAAAGUUGCUCAAUAUGAAUUCACGAUGCAGGAAGGAGAUCUGGUAUUCUUCGACAACCGUCGAGUGCUGCACGCUCGGAGAGCCUUCAAGCCCAAACCUUCGGCACAAGACGCUACAGCCGCAGGGGAAGCAACGCGAUGGCUCAAGGGUUGUUACCUGGAUGGAGAUGUCAUCUGGAACAAGCUGCGUCACUUGACGAGAGAUGGCGUAGCCGGCAAAUUCCCUGUCGACGACCGAUGGCGUCCCGCGAUCGAGAAGAAUUUCCCGCGGCUGCAAUAAGGCAUGGUCUCCGUCGUUGAUCAUCGCCAAAUCAUAAUGAUAGCAUCUGUCAUAUCACUACUCUAGGUUGUAAAACAUCAUAUCCAUGUGUCGUACAGCGCCCGAACUGUCAAUAGAUCGUUCGCUGCCUGCGGGAGUAACCCAGUCGUCUUGUCGUUAAAUCGUUAUCGCGGUCACUUCCGCUUCCUGUAUCGUGGUAUAGAGAUCGUUGUCUCAUUCAGCUGCCAAGAUCGAAGACCCUCUGCAAUUCUUCUUGCAUCAGAUUCCCAUCUUCGACAUCGUCGACGCGAACGUCUGUAUCUUCUAUGUCGGUGCCGAUAGGUCGGCAGUCGCAAAUCUCGCUCAUGCGGCCGUCCCGCCGAAGGAUCUCAAAGGCGAUCUGUGAACCUUUGCAUUUUGCGGUGUAAGCGUGAUCUGCGCCGGCCGUCGCGAUGACCUCGUCAUGGACCAGUACGUUGUAUGUAUGUCGAGCCUCAGGCUGG